CUCUCACAGUCAUUUUCGGAAAUCGGAAUACCAAAGAAAUUUUAUAUUAUUGUAUUUUUAAAUAAGUUUUUAUGCUUGUAUUUGUGCUUUUUGUGUCGAAAAAAGUUUGAAAGUGAAAUAUGAAACCAAUUUUAUAUUAUGAUGAUCGUAGUCCACCAGUACGUAGUUGUUUAAUGUUGAUCGAUCAUUUGGGAAUAGAAUGUGAAUUAAGAUAUGUUGAUUUAUUUAAAGGUGAACAAAAAAGUUCAGAUUUUUUAAAGAUAAAUCCCGUACAUACUGUGCCAACUUUAUUAGAUGGCGAAAUUGUAUUAAGAGAUAGUCAUACAAUAUUAAUUUAUUUGAGUGAAAAAUAUCAAAAUCAAAAUAAUUGUUUAUAUUUUAGUGGUCGAUUGGAACAAUUGAAUAUUAUUGAUAAAAUGUUUUUUGAAUCUUCUGUAUUAUUCCGUAGAGAUAGUGAUUUUAUGUCUGAAAUCAUUAAAAUGAAAUUAAAGAAUGUUGACUUUGAAGCGCAUAAAAGAAGAAUUCUAGAAGUAUAUUCGAUGCUAGAAAUAUUUCUAACUGAAACGAAAUAUGUGGCAUCAAAUAAAAUGACAAUUGCAGAUUUUUCAAUUGUGACAACAUUGAGUACAGUUGACUUGAUAUUUCAUGUGAAUGACGAUUGGCCAUAUUUAUUUAAAUGGUUUGAAGAAAUGAAAAAAUUAUCCUGCUAUCAAAAGUUUAAUAUACCAGGACUACAAAAAUUAAAAAAUGCAUUAGAAUUAUUUGGUGAUUUUAAAUUUCCAAUAGAAUAAUAGAACGUAUUACAUACUUUAAUUAUAAAAUGUUAUAUUAAUUGUAAAAAUUUAGACUUCGACUAACAUUUUUCAGAUUAAGAAACUUAAUUUGUUCUUUAAUAGAGUUAGGGUCAGCUUACAGAUUAAUUGCAAAUAUAAAAUAAUUGUAUUUGAAUUUUUUCGGUUGAUAUUGAAAUAUUAUAAAUUCUUUAAACAUACCUAUAUAAAAAUAGUUAUAUUAGUUGGUUAUACUAACUAAUUAUACAUAUAAUAUAUAAUAGUUAUAUGUUUAGUUUAAAAUAUCUGUUUGCAAUGAAGUUUUGAUUGUAUUGAAUAAUGAAAAUUUUGAUUAAUUUUAUUUUAUACGAUAACAUUGAAUUCGUUUUUAAUGAAAUACCUGAAAAUUCAUUUAAAAACAAAAAAAAAUAUUCAAAAUUUGAAUAAGAAAUUUUUUGUUAAUAAAAAUUUAGAAAAGAAAACAAUUAAAUUAAAAGUUUAAUAAUAAUAAAAAACAAAAGGAAAAGAAAAUUAAAAAUCAUAACAUAGAGAAAUUUCCGAAAUAUGAAGUGUGAGAAAAUUACUAUAAGGAAAAAUAAAAAGUAAAAAUACAAAAGGAAAAAGUAUGUGAAACAUAAAAAAAUAAUUUUUUUCAAGAGGAUCACAGAAUUAUAAAUUUUGGAGACGUUUAUGAAGAUUUUUUCAUAGGAUAAGCAGAAUACAAAAUAAGAUUUUUUUUUGAAAUAAAACAAAAACUUUUUUUUUUCUAAGCCAUUAAAGUCCUUUUUAUAUUUUUGUUAAAAAAUAAAAUUCUGUUCUUUAUUUUUG